AAUUUCUGCUGGCCAACCUCUUUCUAUUAAAGAUCCGACUAUCUAGAAGCGAUAAUGCCAUUCAUUAUAUAUUUAUAUACAUGCAUUUGUACGGAUAUUAAGCCAAAAAUGUCGUUUAAUAUCCAGUUCACCGUAACUCGGGAAUAACUUACACACAAAGGGAAAUUAUAAUUGAGAAUUGCUUUGUCACCAGUGAGUUUCGAAUACUGCUGCUUCCUGGUUUAGAAACAACGAUGUAAAGUGACUUUUGACGCACAAAAUAGGUGUCGGUUAAUAUUUUUGAAUAUAAACAAAUGCCACGGUGUAUAUAUGAGAAAAAAAAAACAUGAAUAUAUGUACGCUUCCAUCAUCUCGACAUAUGAAUAGUUUGUGAUCAAAGAUGAGCCUUAAAAUCUUCCAGGAAUUGAAACAAGUGUUCUAAUUGCUUUCUAACGAAGAUGAGGCGAGCAAUUAUUCUUAUCUUAGCAACGUCCGUGGUUCUCUCGUUGAUGACACCUGGUGCGCAUGCGCAGGAAACAAUUCCGACGGAGUGCCUCUCCCGGAUCAUAACGGGGCACAAGAACGCCUCGAUCAAGUACCAGGAGGACCAAAUCGUCCAGGUGAUUCCAGUCGAGGGCUUCUGGACGCGCUUCGACCUCGCCUUCGUCCACUCCAGCAGGGACCGGUACACCCUCUCCCUCGCGAGGGCCGACGACCAACUGAUGGUGCUGGUUUGGGACGAGCGAUCAACCCUCCUCCUGAGGCCGACUUACAGGUGUCUGUGUCUCCACUCCGGAGUCGCCGUCAACUUCACUUUCUAUCUGGACAGGUGGGGCGGGACGAGGGUCCGGGAUAUUCUGGGCCGGGUACGAGGAGGUCAUCCGUCUGCCGGAGGUCCAUAUUCUGGAUUUCGCUCGCGUCCAGAACUUCGGCGACGCCGAUAUGAGAGUGAACAUCUGCACUCCAGGAAACUCGUCUGCCCUGCCACCUACCGUCAGCCCAAAGAAACACGAAGGUAAACAAUGUCCGAAGUGCGAGAGACCUACCGCCUUCUCGGAAAGCCUGAGCGAAUCUGUGUUGAUAGGAUGUCUGGCGAUGUCCCUCGUCGUUGUGUUUGGGUUGCUUUCCUACGUCGUUUACCUCAAGCGACAUUUCGGGAAGAAGCCGGAGCGGCAACUGGGUGGGGAGCAGGCAACCUCUUUCGACGACCUGUCAGGUGAUAGCAUCCGAACGCUAACCCAACAGCUCCCUCCAACCAGAGCUCUGCCUCCAACGCCCUUGCAACCGUCUCUGCGUCCUCCGAAGACGGCCCACAUCAAGUCCCGAAGGCAGAGCCCCAUGUACCAGGACGUGCUGAAGUACGAGAACUCGUUCCAGAGCCAUCUGGUGGCUCAGGAGAUGAACGACGACGACGGUUAUCUCCCCGCCAUCGAACCUCAGAUGCAGACCUUCACCCAAAGCCACUGUGGGGGGGAGCCAGAUCGUCAGGGUGGCGACGAAAAUGAAAGAGCGGAUAUGGGGAGUGAGGAGAGUCUGUAUGAACCGAUGCCUUAAAUAAGAGGUGGAUUCUCAAGACUUAACGUUAGUCAGGCUAUUCACGGAAAAUGAAAGGCUCCGCUAUCCCCUGCUCGAUAAAGAUGGAAACACAACGAAGUGUAAAGCUGAGUUUUAUUUUAUCACGUGAGGCAAAAUUAAGAAAAUUAGAAAAUGCAGCAAGUUUAAAAUGGAUAACAAAAGUUCUCGUUGCAUAUAUAU